GAAUAAAUAUUUCUUGGCGCGGCUCGCGCUAUCUUGAGCCUUGUCGAACAUCAUACCAUCAUACCUGCGGCUCGACAUAUUCGACAAUCCAUCCACACCUCCUUCAACCACUCUCGCGCCUAUCGCACAUCUGAAGAACACCAUUUGGAUCUGAUUCCUCUGCGCAUCUUCCACGAUGGAUUACCAGAACCGCGCUGGCUCCAAGUUCGGCGGCGGUGGUGUCGCCUCCACAUCCGCCACCAACGCCGACCGUCGCGAGCGCCUUCGCAAGCUCGCCCUCGAGACCAUCGAUCUCGACAAAGACCCAUACUUCUUCAAGAACCAUGUUGGCUCUUUCGAAUGUCGACUAUGUCUCACAGUCCACCAGAACGAUGGGUCGUACCUCGCUCACACCCAAGGGCGGAAGCAUCAAACCAACCUCGCCAGGCGUGCGGCACGAGAGCAGAAGGAAGGGCGCGUUGGCACAGAUCCGGUUACGGGGUUGCCAAUUGGCAUGGUUGGAGCGCAAGUGUCGGUGCGGAGGAAUGUGGUUAAGAUUGGCAGGCCGGGAUAUAAGAUCACUAAGACGAGGGACCCGGUGACGCGCCAACAGGGAUUGCUCUUCCAGCUUCAAUACCCAGAGAUUACGCCAGAUAUGACGCCAAAGGUGCGCUUCAUGAGUGCGUUCGAGCAGAAGAUUGAGGAUCCUCCGGACAAGAACUUCCAAUACAUGUUGGUCGCGGCCGAGCCAUACCAGACGUGCGGAUUCAAACUGCAGGCCAGAGAGGUGGAUAGGACGAACGAUAGGUUUUGGACGUGGUGGGAUAGUGACUUGAAGGAGUUUUGGGUGCAGGUUAUGUUCAAGACGGAGAGAGAAGAGAGAUACAGUGGCGUGCCUGGACUUGCGCCAAGAAGAUAAUGGUUAUUUGGACGGAUGGGGGAAUUAGAUUGGAAGGCGUCAAAGGCGUUGGUUACCAACUUAUUACGAUUAUUGUAAAGAUAUCACAGCGCAUUCACCAGAUAUUAAAUGUUAAAUUUACAGGCACAUUGCAAAGGGUGCAGACAAAUUUUAAUAGGUCUCUCAUAAGUCUCUCAUUUCGCUAUGCAGAUGUCCGGAG